UCUCGGUCUUCAUAAGCUAAGGCAUAAGAGAGUACGUUGUAGCACGAAAGGGUAGAAAAUUAUAUUAAUGAAGAAGUCUUGUGGUAUUCAACGGUGUGAUAGCAUUGACUAAUGGUGACUAGGAAAAGUUCUAAGUGACUAGGCAACGCCUACUAGAAGUACUGUACGGUAUCUGAUUUAGUGCUUAUUCAAACUACAACAAAUUUGUUUUACUUAUGACUCCUAAGUAGGUACUGGAUAGGUUACUAAUACAUGGUUAAGAGUACUUCGUAUAAAUCCAAGAAGAAACAAUGCUUUUGUUUAAAAUAAGUUUUCUCUAGGCUAGGCUAAUUGAUUUUUUUAGCUAGACCUAACCUACAAUGUUUCACAAGAAUGCUUUAUUUAUUAACGGAACAUUUUUGGGGUUUUGUGGAGUAAGUUUAUGUUUCACCGAUCUAAUGAACGUAAUCCACUGUGAUAUAGUCCUCACAUCAACUGCACAGUGGUUCAUGUCUAAACUAAUGUUAAUUUUCCAGUUUGUUAUUUUCUUCUGCUUUAUCUCAAUUGUAUUUGUUAUAAUUUCUUCUCAUUUCGCACAAGUAAAAGUUGGGAAAUCUUUUGAAAAUAGGCUUACAAUAGCUUACAAGUUUGGCUAUGUUGAUUCAGUAUCUACUGUGGCUAUCAAAUGGAUCUACCGGCUCUUCCCAUCCAGUGACAAAGUUCAAAUUUUUUAUGAAAGCAAGUCAGGGCCACUAGGUAUAGCAUACGGUGUGGUCAUUCCCGAGCCACUGACGGAUGAGAAGAAGCUAAGUUUGCUCAGCAAUGGUUAUAGUUUUCUCAGGACAAAGCCAAUUUCUAAUGCCGUUUACAUCUCAAGUCCAGCUAUACCUUGGCUUUCCUACUUCGGCCAGUGGCUUAUUCUUUGUGUCAUCUACCCUAAGCUGUACAGGUACAGCAAGACUCACAAACUGAGUGCCUAUCCAGUCAUUGAACUCUACAAAACCUUCUCUGUGUCUCUCAUCGCUCCUCUGAGCCAACAGGACAUUUUUGUAGUUCCUGAAGCUGAGUGUUUGAUGCAACGCUCAUCAAGACUUGACGAUACGGUCGAUUCCUCCGUGGCUGAGAAGUCUAUGUCUACCAGUUAUCAUUCUACGAGAGUUAAGCUUAGCGAAACUACUAAAUUGUCACCCAGACUCAGUUUAACUCCAAUCAGUAGUGUUAAAAAUACUAAACUCUCUCUGGAACGGAGCCUAACGCCCCUCGGUAGUUGUUAUGUUGCCGUUGGUAAAAUCAUACUUAAGCAUAGCUUGACCCCUGUCAACAACAAUGACGUCACCGUAGUUGUACGAUCGUCCACUCCCUUGGUAUCCAACGGUCACCAUGUCAACGGACAGCAUUAGUGCGAGGUAAGACUGAUUUAUUUGUAGUGAAUAACGAGUAAGCAAACUGAAUUGUAUAGCUGGAUGGCUU